AUGGAUCAAUCGGAUAUCAGUCGCCUCCGCGAUCUGAUUUACAGGAAGGAUGAGCUCAGCGGCCUCAUCUCAAAGGAUGAAAACAGCCUCCUGGAGCUUCGCAAUCAGAUGAGCGAUCGCCGAGCCACUCUUCAACAUGUCGAGAAGCAACUUGCUGAAAUGUUGGCGUUCAAGCCUGUACAGCCACAGCAGAAAGGCAGUGUGUCCUCGCCUGCUGAAAGCGACUCCAUCGCUGUCACUCCAGCUCCUGGGCCCACCCGCACGAUAUCGACGUCGAAGUCUCCAUCUCCCGAUAGCCAACAACACGCCACCGUCCCGACCAAACAGAUCGCUCCUCGCCCUGACCUCCAAAGACACGACGACCCCCUGAAAGACCCUUCAGACUACAUCAAAUCCAUCGAUUACGUGAAAGAAAAGAACAACGACAGACGCCUAAUGCUCCACCGCGACCUCCCAAUGAUCGUCCGCCUGGAAGACGGCUGGAACGAGAUAUGGUGCCACGUCUGCGGCGCAAACGCCUCCAGCCGAGGCAACGCCGCCGAUGGGGUCGUCCCUUUCCAGGGCGUGUAUGGCUUGCAUUGCCACAUAGCGUCGAUGCAUGGUGUGGCAGGAAAGAAAACUUUCGUGAAGGAUCUCUGGAAGAUUUGUGGGAGGUAUUUGCUUAGCGAGAAAGAGGUGCGGAAGCUGAGGCAGUGGAAGGUGACGGUGAAGAUUCAGAGCAGCGGCAGCAAUGGGCUGAGGGGCAAAGGGAAAGCGGAGCUUCCUGCUCCUGCUCCUGCGGCGAACGAUGUGGGGGAUGAGGAGAUUAUGAAUGAGUAUGACUCUAGCGAUGAGGAAGAUGCAGUGGCGGCGCCGGGAUAUUUGGGUCAUAUUCUGCAGGAGCAGACUCACUUGACGGGAGCAGUGGCACUGACUAACCACCAGAAUGGGUUCACGCCAGUGAACGGCAAUACAGCAAUCAGUACUGACAGUGGCUACGGGUCGAAGUCAUCGCCAACGAAGCGUGCAGCGGAGAGCGAGACGAGCAGUGUGUUGGAAGACUCUGGUGGUGAUGGCGUUGCGGAGCGGGUCAAGAGGCAUCGUCGAACGGAGACGCCACGUCGCUCGUACACGGAUCACUUCGAGUAUGGGGACAUGGGCGAGGAGACAUUCUGA